AUGGAUUCAUCGGGUGCACUUCCGACAUUGGAGUCGUUGCACUUUCCGUCGGCGCAACAAUCCAUCUCGCAGACACUCUCGUCUCUGCGUCGAUCAGCACUCUCCGUCUCCAAUCGCCUUCAAUCCAUUGAGGAUGAUGCCAAGUUCGUGCAGGAGGUUGCCGAUCACUAUGGGCUUCCACUCGUAGCUAAUGAGCGCUGUGGAAGCUGGUACAUUCCGCCAACGACCAAGGUGGGCAGUGCUUAUUUCAAAAGCACCGAUGGCCACACCGGUCAGUGGGACUUUAGCUUUCGCAGACUGAACCUGCAGUUGCUUCCGCUGGUCAAGGAUCAUGGCGGCCUAGGCCGCCUGAUUAUCUACAAUGGACCAAAAACUGACUAUACUUUGGCCAGCUGUGUGAUAGUUGAUUCGACUCGUCGAGGAAAGUUAAUGCCAGAUGCAUUAUCAAAGACAGUUCCAAUCUGGAGUGCUGUCAUCAAUAGGGCUCUGUUCCCAUCUCAAACAGCCUAUCACCCAGUCCAACUUCCACCAAACUACCUAGGAGAAUCAGAGGAAGCGCAGAUCGAAAACCGAAUCGACAGAUUCGUACACUCGCUCAAGAGUCUCAAGCUCGAUCUAGACGGUCUGCGAGAGCAGAUCGGGAAACCAAUCCAAGUAGCUUGGGCCAAUCGAUCAUAUUUCCACCCCUCGGACCUCCAGAAGAGCGAUGAAUACCGCCUUCUUGUGCUAUGCUCUGCUUCGAGGCGCGUGCACGGCGCUGAGAUGUCGGAGGGCGGAUACAUCCAAGGUGCGGGUGAUGAUAGCGAGGGAUGGGCGUAUGGGCUGACGCCGCCGGUGUUCUGGGCCAAUCGGGAGAUUUUGAAAAAUACGCCUGAGGAUGACUUGCCCGAUCUUAUUCAGCGGUUGGUCAGUGAACAUAAGCAGCUGGAUGUAGCUCGCGAUGCGACGCUCGUUGCUCCGACGAAGAACCUGUUCAUCACUUCGACCGGCGCGGCCAAUGGGGCGAGUGGUUACGAUCUCGUGAUUGACUGCAAUGGAAGCCCAGCUGAGGGUGACGUGAAGAGACUCGGCUUGGGUUGUGAUACCGGGAAGCUGGGGAGUCGGGAUUUACGCAAGUCGCUGGAUAAAGUUCGGGACUUCGUUGUUGCACGAUUUGAGGCGAAUCCAGACUCUGCAUUACUAGUGACUUGUGAGAGUGGAAAGGAUCUUUCGGCGGGGACACUGUUGGCGAUUAUAUGCUUGUUUUACAAUGACGAAGGUGGCUUCGAUGCCUCGCUGAGCAAGCGCACAAUCAGCAAGCAAUUCAUCAGACAGCGUCUGGCUUGGCUCGUGUCUUCGAAACAUGACGUGAAUCCGUCUCGGGCCACACUCCAGUCUGUCAAUGCCUUUCUGAUGCAGCCGCCGGAUUAUUGA